GUAACACUAAAAAUAAAGGCCCUUUUUUUAAUAUAUUAUUAUUAUUAUUUUUUUUUAAAAAAAAAAACCAACUUUACUCUUUUCUUCUUCUUCUUCCGUAGUUUGGGAAUUGGGAGCUCCCACUUUACCAAUUUCAGUUUCCAAAAAUUACACUCCCAGAACAAAGCUCUACUUCCUGAAAAUCUCAGCUCCGAAUUCCCAUCUGAGCUGAGCCCCCUCCAUUCUUCUUGUCCAUGGCUAGCUGCAUUUCAGUUUCCUUCAUCUUCAUUUUUACUGUCUCCGUUCUACUCAUAAGCUCAGCCCUAAUCAGACCCACUUCUUGCAUCCCACUCCCAAGAACCCCCCAAUUCGAUCUCGACCUUUUGCUCAUUGGUGAUGCGCAAUCCGUCGACUCAGCCUCAUCCGUUCAGUUCACGGACCCAGGAGCUUCUUCUUCGAGCUCCGGACUGCUCCUUCGAACCAAACCCUUCAGGUUUCCAAUCUCAUUUUCAACUGAUUUCGUUUUCUCAAUCUCGUCCCACAAUGGUGAUGGCCUGGCCCUUGUAAUUGUUCCAGCCGAUUUUCUGCCCAGAUUCUCUCGAGACAGUUUUGGGCUAUCUCGGGAGAAGAAGUUCUUUGGGGUAGAGUAUGAUACAUUUAUGAAUGUCAAUGUUGGUGACGAGAACGCCAAUCACGUUGGGGUCGAUGUGGAUAGUCUCAAUUCAGUGGCUGUUUGCAAUGUUUCUUCCAUUAAUUUGGUUUUGAGCAGUGGGAUGAAAGUGCAUUCUUGGGUUGAUUACGAUUCGAGUUCUAAGAGAUUAGAGAUUAGACUGUCUGAAUUUGGUAGUCCUAGGCCUUAUAAUCCAUUGCUAGCCUAUCAAAUUGAUUUAGGGCAACUGUGGAAAGGAAAGGAGGUGUUGGUGGGAUUGAGUUCUUCCUCUUCUUCCCCGGGGAAUUCAAUGCAGAAUACCAUUGUUUAUUCCUGGAAGUUCAGCUUAAGAAGCAUCCCAAAAUGGCUACAUUCUGAGCCAUUAGAUCCCUUGAGAAGCUCCCCAAAAUGGCUACAUUCUCAGCCGGCGGAUCCUCAGGAGUUCUCCGGUGAGAAAGGCAAGGAUAUAAAGAUAUUGGACAACAUCGUAUGGGGUUUGAUGAGGUUUGUUUUUGUGCUCAUUUUUGCAGCAUUUGUUGUGGUCCUUUUAAGGUUGGUGCUUGCUAAUGGUGGUAACCAAGUGAACGUAGUCCCAGCAAAGGGCUCAACCAAUCCAGGAGAUUUUGGGUACCAAAAGGUCAAUAUGGUUGUGGAUGGUGGAUUAGAUGAUAUUAAGCAUUAGUAUUAACUAUUCCACUUUGUAAUUGUAUCUUUUAGUCUGUUUUCUACUCUUUUUUUUUUUUUCUUUUUAUGUGGGAAUGCAUAUGAAUUGUAGUUUGCGUGUUUGAUGCUCAGGAACGUAUUAUAUGUAGCUGAUCCUACAUAAACCUGCUUAGUAGUUGUAACUUCACAUUACUAUCUCUUCACAAAUUUCUCGGUUCUUUUUGUGUAUAACUUGAAAGUUUUUGAUUGGAU